GCUAUUUGGAUCCUGCGUACCUGCAUAUAAUACGCCCUGCUCGAAUCCUACUCUCAUCCCACAUUCUACGUCACAUAAUGAAGGACCUUACUGCUCUCUCGGGCUCUUCCAACCGGAAUCAACUCAAGCCUUUACGUCAGCCCUCGUCCAUAAUCUGCGUUAACACACACUUCUCCGCUCGGGAUAUGCUGCUUGCCGCGGGCCCCGACUUGGAAGCUAAUCCCGUUAAAGCCAACCUAAUCCUAUCCGAUGCGGUCGAACGUCAGGUAAUAGAAGGCUAUGGCGAAGAAAUCCCGUCUUCGUUGGAAAGGCGGCGGUGGUGGGAUGCCUACAUACGAAAUAUGGGGAAGACUGAAUCGUUAAUGGAACCGUCAAAUCGAGGAGCCGACGGUAGACCACUACUACGAGAUGCCGUUUACAUUUCCGUAUGGACGCUAGAUCAAAACUCUCGAACACUUGAUUUUCUUAUUGCUUGUACCGGUCGCAAGCCGGUCUUUGUAUUCACAAACCAUCCUUCGGACGCUCUCUCGCCUGCCUUUCUCGAACGGCGUCUUGUUCCCCUCGCCGAGCGAAUGAAGCAAGUGAUUGCGGAGCACCGUGUCUUCUCGAUUGUGGGGUUGGAACCUGUUACGGCAUAUCUAGCAUCGGUUUGGGAAACCCUUACCGGUCACUAUAUUCUACGACCUGCUUAUUACGAAGCCACACACACGUUCUGCACCCGCCAAACCCUCGCUCGCCCCAGGCAGCCAUUUGCUGGCGAAUGUCGGAUGGGUCUUGCCACAGAGGCACAUAUCACCCAAGCUGGCAGGCUCUGUAGCGUAUUCACUGAUUCCGCGCACGACGAUCCAUACAAACUCUCUGUUAAACAGGGUAUCCAGGAAGCUUCGUAUCUUAUCGGACGGAAGGAGCUGUAUGUUUGUGAAGCACCACUUCCGGGCACCGGUGCGUACGAAGUCGUGUGCAUCAUCGCGGUUACCCGGAAGUCCAGCAAAGUCGCCGCGGUGUCCAAGGUGUUCACUCAUAUGAACCAUCGAAGGAAGGGUUACGCCAAACAUCUUCUCACCUUCGUGUGCCAUGACGUACUGCGGACGAAGGAAGUCGUAGUCCUGUUUGUUGGUCAUGACCUCAAGACAGCCGCCCAUGUGUACGGUCGAGUAGGGUUUGUCGGCGUCGGGGAUCGGCCACUCAGCGAACGCGCAUUUGUGGAGAACUGGUUGGAGCUGGGCUUCGACAAUGUGGAUAUAGGUCACUGGUGAAGAAGUGCAAGGUACCCAAAAGAAUCUCUGAUGUAAGCAUAAUGGACAGGGGUAUACCCUAGCUUAUGUUGUUGGCCGUCCCUCCUGCUGUAACCUAAUGGGGACUACUAUUUACCGAAUCAUGUAUACCCCUACCCUCUCAGAAUCAAUAAUUUA